AUGGAUAUUCAUCAAAAUCAAUCAGUUGGUUCUGCACAAAAAUUUCCAACUACUUAUAAACUAACACCAUAUUCAUCCUAUUUAGGAUAUGAUAUACGAUCACCACAUACAUCACAAUUACAUUCUAUGACUACUUCUCAACAAGCAGAACACCUCAAAUAUAAUAAUCAAGAAAUAAUGAUUCCUGUAACCAGGUAUACAAAUGAUCAAAAUGUAAUUUUUUCAACUGGAACUGUUCAAUUACCGACUGCGUCAAAUUUUCAUGAUUUAGAUAGGAGAUCUGUACAAAAUGAUCUUUCUAUGAAUGCAUACAAGGACUCAGUUGCAACAACAAAAUUAUUCAAUACACCAGAUGAUUUUGGGAUGAAUGAACAUCAAGAAAAUGGUCAAAGAGAAAAUGAACGUAAACGAUCUAUUUUUGGAACAUUAGGUCGUAUAUUCAAGAGACCAAAUCCAGUAGGUGUAACAAAUUCAGUGAAUCAAAUAGAAAGUACAAUAAAAUCAACUAUAUCAAACAGUCAGACACCAUCAAUGAGAUUGUAUACAAAUCAAUUAAGUCAUCCAUCUCGUCAUCAGUAUAUGUAUAAUAUUCCACAAGCAAACUUAGCCUAUCGAACAGAAGAAAGAAAUAGACUUGCUAAUGUUGUAUAUUCCUCACAAGAUUCAGGAUUUCCGAAUGUGACACAUUUAAAUCGUUCAAUUAUACCAAAUAAUUAUUCUCAAUAUCAUGUACAAGAAGGAUCAUCAAGAUAUAGUCCAAGACCACCAUCACAUCAUAAUUAUUUUGGUAAAACAAAAUUUGAUAUUUAUUCUACAGAUGUGAACAUUAAUCAAAAACAAAGUGCAGUACAACAGUCAAUUGUAUCGCAUACAAUAAAUAAUGGAAUAAAUUCUCAAGCUGCUCUAGGUCCAAAACAAAUUGUAGAGGACAGACAGAAAUCUCAAAAAUUAUUACUUGAAGAUGCUAUACGCAGUAAUUUACCAUUUACUUCAUGGAGUAGUCCAAUAUUAGUUGCAUGGUUAAAAUUAUGGGUUGGAAUGCCAGCAUGGUAUGUUGCAGCAUGUGAAGCAAAUAUUAAAUCUGGUGCAAUGCUUGCUUCAUUAUCGGAACAAGAUAUUCAACGUGAAUUAGGCAUACGAAAUCCAUUGCAUCGUUUAAAACUUCGUUUAGCAGUUAAUGAAAUGCUUGCGUUCACUGCAUCACUGACAAAUACAACAACACAAAAUCUCAUUAAAAAAACCACUGAAUCAUCAUCAACAUCUUUUUCGAAACAGUUACACUUGGCUUCUCCAUUGAUCAAGGGUGAAUUAAAUCAUGAAUGGAUUGGUAAUGUUUGGUUGCCCAGUCUUGGAUUAAUUCGAUACAGAUCAGCAUUUAUGGAAUGUCUUGUCGAUGCACGUAUGUUAAGUCAUUUAACUAAACGUGAUUUGAGGAUACAUUUAAAAAUGGUUGAUCAAUUUCAUCGAUUAAGUUUAUACUAUGGAAUUAUGUGUCUUAAACGCUUGGAUUAUGAUCGUUCUGAGAUUGAACGUCGACGUGAUGCAUGUCAAAAUAGUUUAGAUGAUUUACUUGUAUGGAGUAAUGAACAAGUUAUUGCAUGGCUUAAAAGUAUAGGUUUGAAUGAAUAUGCCAAAAAUUUGAUUGAUUCCGGUGUACAUGGAGCUUUAAUGGUGUUAGAUCCAGAUUUUGAUGCGAAUUCAUUUGCUCUUAUCCUUCAAAUACCAAAGUCAGAUGUACAAACGAGACAUAAACUUGAACGUGAACUCAACAGACUUCUACAUUCUUAUCGACCAGUUAAUCAGAACACUUCAAUUAAAUCUACCAAUUCAAUUAUGAAUUAUGAUACAGCAGCAAGUUGGAUUGCUUCUGUGGAACGUCCAGAACCAGCAUAUUAUGAAAACCAAUUCGAUGUAGAGGAUGCAUCAGGCGGUGAAUCAUUUUACAGACCAAGUAACCAACAACCACAACGACUUGCAGUUAGUAGAAAUGUUGUACCUAUUUCUGAAAGCUUAAAUGGAGCACCACCAAUUCCUACACGAACGCAAAGAAAUACGGAUAAGAGAUAUGCCAUGUCACCUUCUCACAUGACUGUUAAUUCUCAAAACCAACCUUCCUUAAAUACCGAACUCAACCGUAAUGUUUCAUAUCGAAGUGCAGCUGUGUGUGAUGAUAACUAUUCCUAUCUGCACACUGAACCAUCACACCUAGAAAGAAGACUGAAAAAACAUUAA